CGCCCGCUGCGUCCGCUGAGCCCGCGGCGGAAGCAGGGUCCCCGCCCCCCUCCGCCCUCCGCCCUGCGGCCACGGUUGCCCAGCGCGAGCGCGCAGUUGCCUGGGCGACAGUGAGGGGCUGGCUGGGAGAGGCCAUGCAUCAGGCGACGGUGCCGGAGCUUUAUUCCCGGAGGAAGCGGACAGAGGGACAGGGGGCUUCCUCGCCGGAGCAAUUGGGAUUACGAUUAGGAAUGUGGUACUGGAAAGAUGAAACCAGAACUCUUGAAUUCAGAAGUUUUACACCUGCAGUAGAAGUCAAGGAAAAAGGAAAGAAAGGCAAAGCAAUACACUUUGCUGAAAUUGAUGGUCCGGCUUCAGACAGGUUGACGGAUAAAAAGCUUGCUUCAAGAGACGAUAAGUCACUUAAAGCCUUAGAGAAGCGAGGUCAGCAGGGCAACGUGACGCUCCAUGAUGCUAAAUUUGUUGCUUUGUUUUUACUACAAGAUAAUGAGAUGCAGCGGAUCUGUUCCUUUACAACAUUUAUGAGGAAUAAGAAUCUUGACAAUUUCCUCAUGGCAUUAUUGUACUAUUUAUCUCAUUACUUGGAAAAAAUAGCCCUGGAAAAGAAACCCAAAAGCUGCAUGGUGGGCCUUGUGGAGAAGAAGGAGAUGGAAUUGGUUAUAAGGAAGUUAGAAGCAGCGCAGAAUUACCUGGCACAGAAGUACUGCGUCCUUCUCCUGGGCUUGGCAAUGCCUGAUAAGCAUCACAUGUGCUGCGGGAAGGAGAAAAGAUCAGAUACACAGAAAGACUGGAAAUUCUUUGAGUCCUUUUACACUUUCUGUACAUAUGUAGCUUGGAUUGUGUUCCGACGUCAACACUUCACAGAGAUUGAGGAAGAAAUAGGAAGGCUCUUUCGUACCAAUAUGUUCAACAUUCCUCGGAGGAAGCGUGAGGAGGAGGAAUCAGGAGGGGAAAAGAAACGCAUGACUUUUGUACAAUUCAGGAGAAUGAUGGCGAAACGCCCAGCAAUUAAAAAAGCCAUUAACAUGCGCUCUCCAGUCAUGUCUACUCUGCUGCCAUCUCUCAGAGAAAAAGCUCAGAAUAUCUUUGAGAAAAAGUAUCAUCAAGGAGUCGUCAAACUCCCGGCCCCGAUGCAAGAGCACAUGGAAAGUCUGGACUCUGUGUUCAUGCCAAAAGUUGGCAUCUUGGGGGAGCCUCGAUGUCAGUUCAACCCCCAUACCCUCCUCCCCCUUGAACCAGAAGAAAACAAAAGAAUGUCUGGGAUACAUUCUUCCCUGGUAGAAAGAAAGAACAUGAGGAUCCAGGAUACACUGGACUUAGUCACGAGAACAUUGUCCUCUCAAACAACAUUCCCUAAAUAACCUGGUACAUUCCAGUUCUGUAAUUAAGUCCCUGCAUUUGAAGUAAACUACUUCAACUUAACCACUUUA